GGUUGGGUCAGGGGUUGGUUGAAUCAGCUGGUUUUGCGCCUGGAAUAAAGAAAUUGGACAAAUUUUUAGAUUGGGCCUGGCAACUGUAUCACAUUACGAAGCCUUCUGCAUAAAAAAUCUCAUCGUCAAAAUUUAUCUUAUUAUUCUAUUGCGUUUACCUGAUUUCAAGCCCGUAAGUUGACUUUUUUGAAUUUGUACACAUUAUUAAUUAGUAAUUUUUAGGUAAUUAAUAUUCGAAAAUCCAAAGUAUAGUUUUGAAGCUUAUGUAUUAGGGUACAAAAUACACCUAGCCUCAUCACGUCUGAAGCAUCAUAACGUGGUGUAAUUUGACGAAAUACAUAGCGUGGUCUACGUGGGGUUGGUUGAGUCAGGUGAUUCAACCAUCCCCACGUCAGCGGCCUAGCAUUAUGUGUACAAUUAAGCCUAUAAUUAAGACUUUGGCUUAUUCUUACACUCUUGGUUCUAGGUAUUGACUAGCACUAGGCCUAGAAUAGUACUAGGCUAAGAUUUUAAAACUUAAAUGGCAUACCUUGCAUGCAUUUGUUGUUGUUUUUUUUUUUAAUUUUACAUGAUUUAUAAUAAUUUUGAUAAUUUUUUAAAAUUUUUAGGUCUACCAUCAUUAUGGUAAGAAAUUUUAAACGGAAGUCAGAGCGGGGCAAAGACACAGACCUUAUACGGCGUGCCGUCAGAUCAGUUUUACAUGAUCAAUUGCCUGUCCGUGCCGUUGCUAAAGAAUUUGGAGUGUCAUAUAGCACCCUACAAAGACAUGUCAACAAAAUUAAAGCAGAUGCAGAUAAUCAACUCGGAAAUCGGAUGGACAUUGUAAGAAUUGUUUCUACGGCCAAGAUCGGUUACCAAAAAAAUCGACAAGUGUUUACAGAUGAGCAAGAACACCAGCUAGUUCAGUACAUUAUUCGGGCUUUGUCCAUGUAUUUUGGCAUGACCCCUGAUGACAUAAGAUCCUUUGCAUGCGAGAUUGCAACAGCUCAUAAUAUUGCCGUUCCUGAAAGUUGGUUGGAAAACAAAAAAGCCGGGAAAGAUUGGUUUACAUCGUUUAUGAAGCGGCAACAGAAUAUUAGCAUUCGACAACCAGAGGCCACAAGUUUAGCACGAGCCAUCAACUUUAACCGGCCAAAUGUUAAUCUAUUCUUCAACAAGUUAGCAACUGUAAUGGACAGGCAUCACUUUAGUCCAAAUGACAUAUGGAACGUUGAUGAAACUGGUGCGACAACUGUACAGAAGCCCUCUAAAGUUGUUGCUAAGAAAGGUGAAAAACAAGUGGGUGCAAUUGUAAGUGCAGAGAGAGGCACUCUUGUUACAGUUUGCCAAGCAGUUAAUGCUGUGGGGAAUGCCACCCCCUAUGUUUCUGUUCCCAAGGAAGCAGUUCUUUGAGCCGAUGAUUCGAGAUGGACCACCAGGAUGUGUAGGCCGAAGCAAUGGAUCUGGAUGGAUGAGUGGUGAUGACUUUCUUGCAUUUAUGGAGCAUUUUGUAAAAUAUGCUCACCCCUCCAAAGAUCAUCCUAAGCUCCUGCUUUUGGACAACUGCGGACCCCAUAUGUCGAUUGCUACAAUUGAUUUUGCCAGGGAAAAUGGCAUAAUUUUGCUAAGUUUUCCUCCACACACAAGUCAUAAACUCCAGCCACUAGAUCGUAGUGUGUAUGGACCAUUCAAGACUUAUCUUAAAUGUGCCCAAGGGACAUGGUUACGCAACCAUCCUGGAGAGCGAAUGACAAUACAUGAUAUUCCUGGAUUGGUCAACACCGCACUCACCAAAGCUAACACCCCCGCCAACAUCAUAAAUGGUUUCCGAAAAUGUGGGAUUUACCCGUACAACAGCGACAUAUUUGACGACCAUGAGUUUGCGCCAGCUGAACCAACAGAUCAGCCACUGCAUCCAAACGCGGACGAUGCACAGCAACCAGAUGCCCUGGAACUACCACAAACAGCUCCUGAACAACCACCAAUAGUUCAUGAGCAGCCCCAAGCUGCCCCUAGAGACCAACUGGUCAUAUCGCCACCAACCCGAAACCAAGUACCUGAGCCUAUGGACAUAAGCGAUGAAGAUGUCCCUUCCACAAGUUCAGCAUCUUUUAGAAAACAACUGACGUUCUCAUCGGAACCGAAUUUUAGCCCGGAGGUAAUUCGCCCGCUUCCGAAAGCACCAGUGAAACAAAAGACAACAACUAAAAGAAGAACGCUGAAAACAGCAAUUUUAACAGAUACCCCCGAGAAAGAAGCAAUUAGAAUAAGAAA